GAUAUGUGGCAAAGGAAGUGACGUACUCCCGUCACAGCAUCUUCCGGUCUCUUUUCGUUGAGGCUCAGCUAGCGGCUGCCUGCCAACAUGCAGAUCUUCGUGAAGACAUUGACGGGCAAGACCAUCACCCUCGAGGUCGAGCCUAGCGACACCAUCGAAAAUGUCAAGGCAAAGAUCCAAGACAAAGAAGGAAUCCCCCCUGAUCAGCAGCGUCUGAUCUUCGCUGGCAAACAGUUGGAGGAUGGACGCACUCUGUCUGAUUACAACAUCCAGAAAGAAUCCACUCUUCAUUUGGUGCUCCGUCUGCGUGGUGGCAUCAUUGAGCCUUCCCUCAGACAACUGGCUCAGAAGUACAACUGUGACAAGAUGAUCUGCCGCAAGUGCUAUGCCCGUUUGCACCCACGUGCUGUCAACUGCCGUAAGAAGAAGUGUGGACACACCAACAACCUUCGCCCCAAGAAGAAGCUGAAGUAGACAUUUUUACUGUGUCAGCUGUGCACGUCACAUUGUGUUAAAUAAAUUUAAGAAAACUCCA